GCUAAUGAAGCCUUGAGGCCCAUAUUGAAAAUCAGAAACAGCAUGAGUCCUAAAUCCGUUCAUUUCGCGGCAGGAUAGAUAGACGAUGCAGGGUCGUGAGGUAUACGGAACGCUAAUAUGUGACCGUUCUGAACAACGAUGCGACUCGUUCAAAUAGAGUCCAACAGCUGGCGUUUGAUAUCCAGAUCGCUGAUCACCGAUCAUCAGGCGGCGUCUGGUAGUAAUGCUUCCGGUUCGAUUCCUCCUGGCCGCAGCUCUUCACACUUCACUGCUACCGUCUUAACUGCUAAGGACAUUCAAUUUCAUCGAUUCCGUACGGGUGGGAACGUCAAAAUGAGUACCCACGAGACGUAUGGGAAGACCCUACCUGAUCAAGUGGAUAGAAUCGCCAGCUUGUCGGAUGCUCAACUUGAGCUUCUGGAAGAUGUUCGGGAUCUAUACAAAGAGCGCAUAGCGCUUGAGCGUGACUACGCAGCCAAGCUGCAGACCCUAGGCAAGAAGGUGGCUGAUAAAAAGAACAAGAAAAUUGCUGCGUUGGUCGUUGGACCCGAGCCUACCAAAUCAUGGAAUGAUAAUACUGUUCAAGAGAGCACACUCAACAAAGCUUACACUGAGCUGGUUUCGUCCAUCUUGGAAUCCGCACAGGAUCACUUAAAUGUCUCGGAUGCCUGGAACUCCCAAGUCAUUGAGGCCUUGAAAGUUGCCGAGCGCCGACAUGAAGAAGCGAAGAAGAUGCAAAUGCAACACUUCCAGAAAUUGCUUUCCGACAGGGACAAGUCAUAUGGCGAACGGCUGAAGACUAAGCAGAAGUAUGACGAGGAGUGUGCUGAGGUGGAAUCCUACCGUCAGAAACAAGAACGUUCUACAGAUGACCGACAUGCUGAACGCGCAGCCAAGCAACUGGAACAACAGCAGACGGACAUGCUCAACAGCAAGAAUGUCUACCUCAUAUCUACCGCUAUUGCGAAUAAGGUCAAGGCAAGAUUUUACAACGAAGAUCUUCCCGCUUUGGAGGACCAACUCCAAAAUCUGCAAAGCCAACUUCUCCGGAAGUUCUCCGACAUCCUAGUGGAAGCUCAGGGAAUCCAUAAUAAACACCUGGACACGCUGAAGUCUCGGGUGGCCUCGACCGAAACGGCUUUGAAGGCUAUAGAUCCAGCACACGACCAAGAUUUGUUCAUUGAUCAUAAUGUCAGGCCUUUCUCGGCCCCAACAGACUGGCAAUUCGAACCUUGUGACAUUCACUAUGACUCUGGCGACAUGAGUGUCGAGCCGUCACCCAAAGUCUACUUGCAAAAUCGACUCAGCCGAUGUAAACAGAAGUUAUCGGAACUGCGUACCGUCUUAGACGCCAAACGCAAAGAUGUUGAUCAGUUGGCCAGACUCGUCAGUUCAUACUCCAAAGACAGUAGAUUGGGUAACGUCGAAGAGGUGACCGAUAGUUAUCUUGACGCGCACCGUCAAUUAUCGUCGUAUGUUACUUCGGAGUGUGCUUUGAUGGCUGAAAUAGAAGUAAUCUCCGCAGCGCUACAGGGUGAUGAGGGUGCUCAAAGUCCCCACGCGUUCAAAAGUUCGUCUUUCUCCAUUCCUACGCAAUGCUACUAUUGUGAGUCGACGAUCUGGGGUCUAAGCAAGCAAGGAAAAACCUGCAAGGCGUGUGGUAUUUCUGUCCAUUCGAAAUGUGAGAUGAAGGUUGCGGCCGACUGCUCGGGUUCACGCGAAGCUGGGGCUCGAGGACAUUCCCCUUCAAGCUCCGUCUCGCGGACUUCGUCGAUGCUGUCCAGGAGCGACACUCGAGCUUCAGCUUCCUCAAUAUCAACCACUGUCUCCGCCACACCGUCGUCUUUUGGUCAGACGGAUUCAUCACUAUAUUCCCACGAAGAAACCUACCCAACUGCUCGCGUUGUGUUCGACUUCACGCCUACUUCGCCGUUCGAGCUAGCUGUCUCCACGGGAGAAAUGGUGCAAGUGAUAGAAGAGGACGACGGUUCAGGAUGGGUUAAAGUUGCUGACCAGUCCGGCGGCAGGGGCCUUGUGCCUGCAUCUUAUAUCGAGUUAACCGACAACGUUGGGCCGAGUGUUUCCGGGAACAACACUCGCGGGCCUCGGACUUCACAAGGUUCUGGGAAAUUCGUUCGCGGACUUUACAACUACCAGGCUCAAGGUCCCGAUGAAUUGUCUUUGCGAGAAGGAGAACGCAUCGAGUUGACCGGGGGACCUAAUGGCGGGCAGAACUAUGCCGACGGUUGGUGGGAAGGCGUCGAUGCCUCAGGGAACAAGGGGAUCUUCCCGAGCAAUUAUGUCGAAGCCAUUCCUUGAUUACCCGCGAUGAUUGACGUUGGCAUCCCACAGCGACCAUGCAUCUAGUACCGCGUAUGCAAUAUUUUUAUUCAGCCCGGACUUUAGAUUCAACAUAGGCAUUGUAAUUGUAAUUCUAAACUUCUUCCGCAGGUAUAAUAGCUGAUUCAGUAUGUCCCUCGAUUGCGACGUUUGAGUUGAUAAGUGAGCCCCGCGAAUGUGAAUUUACCCGACGAACGACGAUGUAGGAAUACUUAAGAACGCUAAAUGUGCGCCUGUUAAGUGCUGCAAUGAGAGAACAAGAAACAGACAGGUUUCAG